AUGCCAAUUCACCACCUUUCGUUUUUCAAAGCACCGAAAAAGGUUAUCAAAGAGAUUAUUGCAAUUCAGAGGAGAUUUCUAUGGGCUGGGACUUGCGACAAAGGGGGCAUGGCUUGGGAUAGGUGGUCUUUGGUUUGUAAGCCAAAGGACGUCGGUGGUUUAGGAAUCAAACAUGUAGGAGCUUUCAAUCUUGCACUAUUAACUAAGUGGCUUUGGAAGAUCACUUAUGAGCCUAAUGCAAUUUGGUCAAAAAUAUUUGAAGCAAAAUAUGGCAAUGUAAAGAGUAAAACUCUUGCAAAACAGGUCCAAGGUGUUACUAGAUUAGAAUCAUUAUGGUGGAACGACAUCAUGAUAAUUGGAGAUUCCAUUAAACCUGAAGGUUUUGUCAAUCAAUUGCCAUGGAAGUUGGGCGACGGAGGCACAUUCUUUUUUUGGUUUUCACCAUGGUUGGGAUCUUUAAACUUAGAAGAACUUGUAUCCUGA